GCGAAUAUCCAUCAGAAAAAUUUGAAACGAAGGUGAGCUCUCAAAAUUUCCCUCUCUAGGGUUUUGGAAGAGGGUUCACCAUUUCGAACUCCCAAAUCAAGUAUCUGAACUGAACCAGUUUCAAGCUAGUGAAGUGGCUUACCACUCCCACGAAGCAAUUUCAGAAUCACAAUGGCGUUUUCUCUCUUCUCAACUCCGCAACCGCAGCAGCCUCAGCAGUUAUUUCAAUCACAACCCCAACUUUUUCAGCAGAGCAGUCCGUUGUUCUCACAGCAGCCGCAACAAUUUCAACUACAACAGCAGCAACAGCAACAGCAACAGCAACAACAACAACAACAGCAGCAACAGUUAAUGCAGCAACAGCAACAGCAGCAGUUGUUCAUUUUUACUAAUGAUAAGGCUCCUGCAAGUUAUGGUACUAAGUGGGCGGAUCUUCAUCCAGAUUCGCAGAAAAUUCUCCUUCAGAUCGAGGAACGAAUCUUGGAGUAUCGGGAUGAAAGUCAGAGGCUGGAUCAGUGUAGUCGCCUCUACGAUUCUUCAGUUUCUAAUGAUGGUUUUGAGCUUGAUGCAAGUCGAAUUGUUCAGGAACUUGGAGGAAUUAGUGCGUCUACAGAACAUCAAAAAAUAAUGCUUCAAGAACUGAUGACUGCUGCAAAAGAGAUGCUUUGGAAUACAGAAGUUGCUAUUCGCUCUUUCAUGAUGAUACGCCCAAGGUUCCUUCAUCAAAGUGCAGGAGGUGCUUCAAAUCCCACUGCACCGUCACAGGUUACUGGAGCAACAUCGCCAUUAGGUUCUAGUGGUCAACCAACAUCUACCUCGAUUACUCCUGUUUUUGAUUUCUACAGUGGGCUCCCAAGAAAACCAUCUCCGUUUUUGCAGCAAACUGUUUCAAGAUUUGAGAAGUAUCUUGGUGAAUGUCGUCAGUGGAUCGAAGACUUAGAGCAACUCCUUGUCCUGGAUUCUAAUAGGAGUGCUUCCAAUUCUAGUCCCUCAUUGUUUCAAUCACUUCCUAAAAUCAUGUCAAAUGUGCAUGAGUUCUUUGUUCAUGUGGCUGCCAAGGUUGAGAGUAUUCAUCAGUACAUUGAAUCUAUGAAGACAGCUUAUCUGGCUGACCAGCGUCGCAGAGGGGAUGGAAACAAUCCAUUUCUUGAGGCUGAUCGAAGGGAAACUGCACGACAAGAAGCGGCAGCUAAGAGGGUACAUCCAACUUUACAUUUGCCUGCAAAUUCACAACCAUCAACUCAAGCUGCUGGAUUACUUUCCAGCUCAGGUAACCAUGGUGCAUCAACAGCACAACAGUCGUCUACAGUAGCUACACCAGCUUCUUCCGGUGGUGGAUUGUCACUCUUUAGCACUCCCUCUGCUCCAUCCACUACGACAUCUUCUCUUUUCAUGACACCAACAGCAUCUGUUCAGACAUCCUCUCUGUUUAGCUCCUCCGGUGCGGCAGCUCCCACAACCCUUUUUGGCUCGUCUUCUGCACCAUUGUUUAGUUCUGCUAAUACUCCCUUUGGUAGUACUGCUCCAUCUUUUGGGCAAUCUGCUUCUGCAGGAAGUUCAUUAUUUUCGACACCCUUUGCUUCAGGUGCUGCAACAGGAUCUGGGGCUAGCUUUGGGGCAACUUCGAAAUCGUCAAAGCCAAAGUCCCGAACUGCACGACGCUACUAGUUCAAAAAUGACCGUGUAAGAUUAUAACCAACUACAAGUAACAACUGAUGAAAAAAAUAGCCAAAGAUUAUGAGAAACAUCAGCAUAUCUUCGACGGGAGGCCAAUUUUAGUCAUUGACAGUUCUAAAUCAGAUAACAUUCUACAGGCAGUAAAAAGGCUAGUGAUAUCUGAAUCCUUCUUGCAAAGUUGAAGGAAAUUGGAAUGUCUUCUCAAAACAUCAGCCAUUGCUCAUCGCUUUCUGAAAGAGAUCGGUGAUGUGACGUGAGAAUUUUCUGUAACUCUGUAGAAUACAACAUAGGUGCGAUCAAUUCUUCUUAUGAAAACUCAAAGAACAAGACUUGGUUAUCUUGUGAUACGAUUAAUUCGGGGGAAUGCUAACGUGAUCUAUCUUCCCCAUCUCACACCAUUCUCGACAUUUUUAGUGGUCUGCUGUACAGAAUAUUUGACUUGCGGUUUCAGGAAACAAGAAUGUGCUCAAGUGGGAGCCUUUUACAUUCAAAAGAUCAAGUAUUUAUCGGAUAUUCUUCUUGAAACUGUGGCUGCUUCACAGCAGCCGUCAGAAUUGGCAAGUUUACAGCUGUUUAAAAUUUAUUUUCUUGUUAUUCACAUCUGCAUCACUUGUGUAAUUUGUGUACUGAAUUUUUGGCGAGUUUUCAUCCUUUUUUAACCCUAUAUAUAUAUAUAUAUAUAUAUUUUAUUU